AUGGAAGAAAAGAAUAUUAACCAAAAUAAGGAAAUUAUUGUUGGAAAAAACAUAAUCCACAACAAUUUUGAAAGCACAAAUUUUAUGAGCAAUUUCCGAGAACUUUUAAAAAAUGUAAAAAAUGAAAAUGAUUCCGGUGAUUAUCCCAAUUAUUAUAUAUUAAAUAAUGAAGCCGGAGUGAAGGAAUCUAUAGACAGUUUUAAUUUUAUAAACAAUAAUAAAGAAGAUAUAAAUAAAGAUAAACAAACAAAAGCCGAUAAAAAAUAUAUUAUUCAUUUAGUACCAUCUAAAAACUCAAAUUUUUAUAAUUUUAUUAAAAAAAAAAAAAAAGAAGUUUUAAAUAUGUAUGGAGCGGAUGAUACAUAUAAAUAUGAUACACACAUAAGUUUGACUGGAUUUUUUUUUUGUGAUAAUAUAAAUACUUUUAUAAAAACACUUUAUAUAUAUUUUUUUUAUUAUGCAAAAUUAUAUUAUAUAUAUAGAAAAUUAUUAUUAAUUAAUUUAUUCUUUCAUAUACACCUUAAAAAAAAUAAUGACACAAGCCAUACUAUCUAUACUCCCAAUAAAUAUAAUGAUAAUAAUUAUAUAAAUAAUACUAUUAUUUAUGAAAGUGAAAAUGCGAAGAAAAAAAAACAAAAAUAUUGUGAAACCAAAAAUGAAGAAAUAAAACACACAAAAUAUUGUACAUACUUACAAAAAUAUGAAAUAAAAAAUUCAGUUUUAUUAUAUAAAAAUUCAAAUAUGUGCAAUAAUGAUAAAAAACAAAUAUGUGAAACACAUGUUCUCAAAACUAAUGAUGGAUAUGUUAUUAUUCCUAUAUUAUGUGAUUGGAUAAAAAAAUUAAUCGAAAAUUUCCAAUUUUUAUUGAAAAAUAAUAGUUUUAAAUCUGUUAAUAAAAGAAAAUUAAAUAAUCGAGACGAUGAUAUAUUUCGUAACAAUCUUUUUAAAAAUGAAUUUUUUUAUAAAUUAUCAAAAAAAAAUAAUAUUUAUAAUUUCAACAAUUUACAAAUUAGAUCUAAAACCACAUUAACAAAACAAUUUUCUCAAAAUAAUAAAAAAUACAACAACGUAUCAUCUUCCCCUAAAUCCAUAAUAAAAAAAAAUAAUUAUACGCUAGCUUAUCCUUCCCCACACAUAUUUCUAGACAAUAAUUGUAAGUUCACAACAAAUGAAUAUCAAACUAAGAGGGUACACAGUUCAUAUACAACUGUUUUAUUAAUUGAAAAAAAUAUCAAUAGUUCUGAAAAUGAAAAUGGUCAUAAUUUUAAUAAAAAUCAUCAAAAUAAAUCAAAGAUAACUUUACUAAAAUCUGAAAAUGAUAAUAAUGAAAAACACAACAAAAUUGUAAAAAAACUACCACAAGAAACAAAUAUAAUAAAAUAUAAAUAUAGUAAUACUAAUGUGAAUUUAACAAAUUUUCGAAUAAAACGAUGUAGUCAUAUAUCUUUAGCAUCCAAUCGAGAUGAUAAAGAAAUAAAAAAUAAUAUUGCAAAUAUGUAUAAUGAUAUUAAAUAUCAUUUUCGUAAUUGUCCAUGGGAUUUAGUUAUGUUUGAAUGUGAUGAAAAUAAUGUUAAUCAAGAUAAAAAUAUAAAUAAUUUUUUAAAAGAAAUAUUUCGAUUUAAAAAUUUUGCAAUUUCAUAG